ACGUACAAACACAACAACACCAUAAAGUGGAGAGAGCAUCACAACUUCUAAAAGUACUCCAUCUAUCAUUGUCCUAAAAGGGAUAACCAAUUCAUUUGCUACAAGUAAAACAAUGACUUCUUCAUCAACCAAUCAUGGUCUAGCAAAGAUUGGCUUCCCAUCAUCAUCCACUGUUACUACGAAUUACGGAAUUGAACCACUUACCGGCACUAACUUCACCUCAUGGAAAGACAAUGUUAAGCUCACCCUUGGAGUUAUGGACCUCGACCAUGCUUUGAGGUAUGACCCCCCUGAACCUUUGACUGCUGAAUCAACUCAUGAGCAGAAAAGGUUUCAUGAAAUUUGGGAGAGAUCAAACUGUAUGUCACUAAUGAUAAUCAAGAACUCCAUUUCUGUGGCAAUUCGCGGUGCUAUCCCUGAUUCGGAUAACGCGAAGACAUACAUGGACUCGGUCGAGGAACAAUUUAAGGGAACCUCCAAGGCUCACGCAAGUACAUUGAUCUUGAAGAUGUUGACCACAAAAUACAAUGGUAAUAGCGGUGUUCGUGAGCACAUUAUGAUGAUGAGUGAUAUGGAAAAUAAGCUCAAAGGCAUGGAUAUGGAGAUAAGUGAGGGCUUUUUAGUCCACUUCAUCAUGACUUCUCUUCCCACACAGUUUGGCCCCUUUAAGAUCAACUACAACACUCAAAAGGAAAAGUGGAAAAUGAGUGAGUUGAUAGCCAUGUGUGUGCAAGAGGAGGAACGCCUGAAAGUUGAGAAGCCGGAUGUUGCUUAUGUCACCACUACUUCAAGCUCGUUCAAGAGGAAGGGUAAGUCUCAAGUUGGAGAGAGUUCAAAGGUUCCUAAGGCAAGUACAAGUGCAACGCCUGGAUCAAAUGGGGCUUUGAAACAACUUCGUUGCAAAUUCUGUCAUAAGAAAGGACAUUACCAACGAGAUUGCACUAAGUUCAAAGCAUGGCUUGCAAAGAAAGGGAUUCCAUACAAUCCAACAACUGCACCAAAGCCAAAGGACAAUUAAAGUGGGGAAUGGGGAAGACUUAAAUGUUGAAGCUGUAGGAUCACUUUCAUUAAUGUUAGAAAGUGGUCAUAGUUUAAGUCUUAAAAACAUUCUUUAUGUUCCUAAUAUUACUAGAAACUUAAUAUCUGUAUCAAAGUUAGCAUAUGAUGGCUACACUUUUAUGUUUGGAUACAAUAAUGUUGUUAUAAGUUUCAAUAAUAAUGUUGUUGGCUAUGGUUGUAUGGAUGGUUAUCUUUAUA